AUGCUGGAUGACUUUGUGAACAUCGACCGGGAGGCACAAGACCACACUGCUCCCUACCUUACCAAGGCUACCUACAUUAUGGCUCGCGCUGCUGGGAAGCGAGCGGCAAAGCCUACAGCGCCAUCUAAACCAGAAUUUUCCAAGCCUCAGCCGUCAGCCGCUUCAGGGCCUCCGACGCCAUUCCAGUAUGCACCAGCAUCCCUCCGCCCAUUUGUCUCGACCCUCCCUACAGACCAUCUCUACCUCGUCCACAUCGACCGCACAGAGCCCAGCAUAAAAAAGCGAGUCUUCGUCGUCCCCAUUAUUAUGAAUCUCGUUAUCACAAUUGGCCUCUGCGUUCGGCUCUACUACGCUGCGCCCGCGUACCUCGAACAAAUUAUCACGAUUUUCGGAUAUGACACAGCCUACAAGGUUGACACGAGCAGGGCGAAUGCAGGGGAGUUAAUGAAUGUUGUCACGGGCCGGACGAUGCUGUUGAUGAUGGACUACUUCGUAUUUGUCAUCAUCGGCAGCUGGCCGCGCGAAUUCAUCUUCGGCAGUAAACCACUGCGACUCGUGGGACCGUGGGAAUGGCGCAGGACGCUCGGGUUCCAAGACACGGAGAUAGUGGUCCGGAGCGGCAGAAGAUGGGAUGCUCCCCUACUCGUGGGGCCCACGCGGGAGCAGAGCAAAACCUGGCAGGUCGAUGAGGAAUUGACCAUUCGAGUUAAGGUCGAUGCGGCCAUGCGGAAGCCGUACCUCGCAAAGACGGGCUACCUCCUCCUCGACAAGGACUGGGACCUCGACUUCAAGGCGAUGCUGGAUGUGCAUCGGCUGGUGGACAGAGGGGUUAUCCAGUUGAAAGACCUACAAGAUAUAGCCCUCGUCUACUAUCAGAAGCAGUGGCUAGUGUGGCGCGUGCACGAGGAGGCCGUGAUAACGCCGCAAGAGGCGGCGCAGGACUCGGUGCUCGAGUCGUUCCGGUGCAAGCUCAGGGACCUGGGAGCCGAAGAUGUUUUCUUCCGUUGGAUCGAGAUGGUUCAGUUUGAGACGUCCCGGCCCGGUGGGUUCACGGAAGGGAGACAGGCUGAGGCGAUGAGGGAGUUGAAGAAGCUUUUGAGUUCCAAGGGCGUGGACUACGCCCAUUUCUGGGAAGAAAUCGGUGGCCAGGCUGGUUUGCCGGGUUUUGCACAAUAG